ACUUUACAAUAGUUCUCGGCUCCAGAAAACGUACUUACCUAUCUCCAUAAGAAAUAGCAAUUCUUCUCUCCAAAAAACAAAAAUCGUAAUAAUAUUUUCAUACAACCGCGGCGUAACAGCUGCGGUUACCGCUGUUAGUAGUUUCGUGUCUACACCAAUAUUAUUAAAUGUUAAUCAGGUACAUAUUGAAAUAAUGCGAAUCCAGCCGACUACGUUGCAUAUUAUUACAUUACAGCUAUAUAGCGGCUCGGAGUGUCAGAAAUAAUAAUUUUAAAAUACAAACAAUUCGCGUUAUGUUCAAUUUAAUAUUAUGACAUAAUUAUAACUAAAAAAAACGGUUGAGCUCGCCGCAGUUGGGUGAGAGGAGGGGCAUCGAAUGUGACCAUCUUGAGGUAUACCGUGUACCGUAUAGGUAUAGAGUACUCCAAAAUAAUAAUGCAAUAAUACAAUGCUAUAUAGUUAAUUUCAUAAAAACAGCGUUCCAUAGUAGGUACGUGUUUUUAUGUGUAUCGGCAUAUCGCCAAUGGAUGCAGUGACACUCGGCACUACGACGACGACGGUGAUAUGACUUUCACCUAUUUUCGACGUCUCGUUCACCAUUCAAGGCGAUAAAAUAAUAGUAAUAAUAAUUAUGUGUACCUACUGACUCUAUACGACUGUUAACCCGUUUUCCCGGGAAAUAACAAUAAUCUACGUGUAUCCAUAACACGUCAAGGCUUCCCAGUGCUCAUAGCCGUCACCGCCGCCGACGCAGUUCAACACUGAAAUACCUACAGAUAUCAUUCUCGUGUAUUAUUAUAGUGUGGUCCGUGCACGUCGCAGCACGUAUAUUUUUCACUUCACCUUCGGCGAAAACUCAAAAAACCGUUCGUUUUUUUGUUUUUGUCUGGUUCCUGCACACGCCAUGCCGCCCAACAACCUGCCCUCCGAUCCGCUGAAGAUCGUCUUCCAGCUGGCGAUAUUUAUUCUGCUGUUGGUGCCUGGAAUUCUAUUGGCGAUUUUGAAAAAAUUCAUACCGGUCAAGCCGAAAUGCGUCAAAGGAGAAGUCGUGUUGAUCACCGGUGCUGCUCGGGGAAUAGGACGUGAACUUGCCACUAGGUUUGGUAAAUUGGGUGCAAAAGUUGCUUGCGUGGAUAUCGAUGAAUUGGAAAACGACGAAACUGCUCAAAUAAUAAAAAAUCGCGGGGGCAUGGCCACUAGCUACAAAUGUGACGUUUCGAAAAAGGAUCAGAUCAAAGUUCUGCACGCAAAGGUAAGAGCCGAUUUGGGUCCUGUUGAUAUACUUAUCAACAACGCUGGCAUUGUGUGGGGACAUUUAUACAUUGAUCCGGCAAAGGAUCAGUUCAUCAUGGACCAGGUCAAUGUCAACCUAAUGGCUCAUAUUUGGAUGAAUAGAGAAAUUCUUCCAUCGAUGCUGGAGAGAAACCAUGGACAAAUCGUAGCCAUGUCUUCGAUGUCUUCAAUGUCCGGUGUAGCUAAUAUUUCCACAUACUCGGUUACCAAAUGGGGCUUAAACGGUAUGAUGGAAUGUUUGCACAACGAAUUGAAACAGUUCAACACUGAAGUAAAGACCACGAAUAUAUUACCUUAUUUUGUGGAAACCAACCCUAAAGUUUCGUCGUUUUUAGAUAUCAGACUACCCGAAAUACCUACACGCAUAGCUGGUAGCGAAAUGAUGAAAGGGAUAUUGGAAGAACGGAGGAUAUUCUCUGUUCCCGGCCACAUGUUGACAAUGGUGCAGAUCAUUAGGCUGUUACCGGACAACUUGCAAACGCUCUUAAACAAUAUAUUUCAUGUCAGAAUCCUCGGAGAACCUUCAGACGAAUUAAUUUUAAAUAAAUAUAAGCGAUAAAUCAAACUAGUGUAUGAAGUUCCAGGGCUUUAAACUGAUAUUGGAUACCGAUUUCGAAUAUCGGUUGACCGGUCGGUUUAAAAAGCGAAAUCGAUUUUGAAACUGAAAA